AUGGCGAAUGACAGUAAAAAGAGAUGUAAUAUCCAUAGUGAAAAGAAGUUUGUCUUGGCUAAGGAAAUUAAAGUCACGAAAAACUUCAAGUGCGUGUUGGCUGUCUUUAAUCAUGUUUUUGUUUGGACAUUCUCUGUCUUGUUGUCUACAUUAAUAACUUUGUUACAUGUUUCGAUUUCAUUUGAAUCUAUUUUUUCAUUUGAAGCUAGUUUGUAUGUUUUUAUACCUGUCGUGUUGGGUCUAACAAUUACCAUAUGUAUCUGUAACACCGCCAUCUGGAGAAAUUUUCAAAACGAGAGUGUUGUCUCACAGCAUCGUAAUGGAGCUUCGCGAAACCGACGCUUAACAAAAACUGUUCUUCUGGUGUCCAUACUGGCUUUAUUAAGUUGGCUUCCCAUAAGCAUCUUGAACGUAUUAAUCCAUAUAACUAAGAUAUCAAUACCAUGGAAGUUUUAUUACGUGAUGAACAUUCUAAAUUAUUCUAACUCUUUUGUCAAUCCAAUUGUGUACGUAUUGAGAAUUCCUGAGUUUCAGCAAGCGCUACGUUCUUGCUGCACAAAGAGGAGACCAGCCAUUAAGAUGGUAAAAACCGAAAGACAAAACCGAAAAGGUACACCCAGAACGCCAGAGAUAGAACUAAGAAUGUUACGAAACGAUCCCAACCGCCUGCAAGUUGAUGUUGAACAAGAAUAUAUGGAAACUAAGUUUUAGUCAGCUGAGAUAGGAGGAUCGUCCGCUUUGUUACUGAGUAGUGACAUUCAUAGGAAGCAGGAGCCAUAAAUGUGGAGUAUAGUAAGAAAAUUGGAUAACGUUCUUAAAUUUUCAAUUUUUCGCUUCACAGAGCCCUGUUGUUCUAUAGGGUUGCUUUUUGCAGCAGCAGUUUACACCACUUAAGUUUGAAUUUCAUCCAGUCAUAAAAAUAUGCUGUUUUAUUUAUCCUAUCUGAG